AUGGUGCGGUCUCUUCGCCGCGGCCUCCUGACGGCAGCAGCCGUGUGGGCGGCAUCGGCGAUGGCCGGCAGUGAGCAGGACAGUCACGAGAGCGACAACAAGUGGCUGGCCUCGACUGUCGUCGUCACGAGCACUGCCUACGUCGACCUCAAGGACUAUGAGCAUAGCUACAACAAGGACUCUGGUAGCUACACCAAGAGCCCCGGCAGCUACAACAAGGACUCUGGUAGCUACACCAAGGACCCCGGCAGCUACAGCACGGCGACCGGAGGGUGGAACAAGGAGUCCGGCAGCUACAACAAGGACUCUGGUAGCUACACCAAGAGCCCCGGCGCCUACAACACAGCGACGGGCACGUGGGAUAAGGACCCCAGCAGCGAGCACAAAGACUCUGGUAGCUAUACUAAGAGCCCCGGCAGCUACAAUAAGGACUCUGGUAGCUACACUAAGGACCCCGGCAGCUACAACACGGCGACCGGAGGGUGGAAUAAGGAGUCUGGCAGCUACAACAAGGACCCUGCCAGCUACACCACGGCGACCGGAGGUUGGAACAAGGAGUCCGGCAGCUACAACAAGGACCCUGGUAGCUACACCAAGAGCCCCGGCACCUACAACACAGCGACGGGCACGAUUUGCAAGGAGGGAAGAUGCGCCGAGCGCGAGUGCACCGACAAGAUUCGCUGCAGAGGCGACAAGGCUUGCAAGGAGGGAAGAUGUGUGGAGCACGAAUGCAGCGCGCAGAAACUCUGUAGGGGAGGAUCAGAAGAGUGCAGAGACCACAUCUGCUACACCAAAUGUCCAAACGGGCUGGGCUGCAAUGGACAGGAGAUUUGUGACGGAGGCAUCUGCAUCAGGAAGAGAUACUGCAACACCCUGAACGAGUGCCCAGGUGAAGACGUUUGCAUUGGUGAGUACUGCCAGAAGCCCACGCAAUGCAGGGAGGGAGAGCUUUGCAAUGGUGAGAAGGUCUGUCGUAAUCGCGAGUGCAUUACCUGCAGCGCCACACUGUUGGGCAGGACGUGCCCAUCUGGCUUUGAUUGCCAUCUUGACAGGUGCGUCAGGAGGUUUGCUUGCCGCAACGGUGACCUUUGCGAUGCCAACCAUGUCUGCCUCGGCAACGAGUGUGUAACUUGCGACAACUCAAGGAGGGCCAGGAAUUGCCCUGCGGGUUUUGACUGCGUCGCCCAAAAAUGCACCCCGAUCCGAUUCGACACAGGGGGCAAUGGAAGAUGCGUCAACGGUUUCCAGUGGUCCUACUACAAGUUGAACCGCGCAAUCAGGGACACUGUAACCACCGUCGGCACCAUCCCCUUCCGUGACAUAGUGGCUGGCAACUGGCCCAUCCUCAACUUCCAGCCAGACGUUGCUCUCAACGGCCAGAGGGCCAGGUACUCUGGCUUGACCCAGACGCUGGGCAUCCAGACGACUUGCCCUCCUGAGCACGCCAGGGUAUACGGAACCGAUGCUGGAACCGGCAUCGACUACAGCAUCAUCCAACACAUUGGUUACUUCCGUCCCAAGGAAGCUGGCACCUACACGUUCCAAGUCGAUGCUGGCAUCAAGCAGGCCGUCUAUGUGUGGCUGGGCCUACAUGCUCGAGCGGGUUGGAAGAACAUCAAUGCCAAUCUGAUUGUCGACGGCAACACGCCUGCUGGACUCAACACUUGGUUGAGGGUUGUCUCCCCAAGGGAAGUUGGCCGGUACAUUCCCAUCCGUAUCCUGUACGUCAACGCGCAGGACUGCGGUGGGUUUGGAUUGACCGUCACUGGACCCAACAACAACAUCCUCGUCACCAGGCAAAGGAAUUCGGAUGACGGAGAGUUCUUGUCCAACUGCAUCGCCUCGGCAGACAUUCCGGCAAUCAGCUUUGACCCCAUCUUCAACGUCGAUCUAGGUCUCGGUCUGGGCAACGACGGCCUCGAUGUCGGCAUUGGGGUCAACCUUGGAGGCCUCGGCGUCAACGCUGGACUCAACGUUGGAGACACUGGCAACGUCGGCCAAGACAUCGGUGGCAACCUCGGUGGCCUCGGUAUCGCCCUUGGUAGUGGCAGUAUCGGAGCGAACCAGAAUGGAACGCUUCUCAACUUGACCGUCGGAGGCCUUGGAACGCCCCUGAAUGGUUCCCUUCUCAAUGUGACCGCUGGAGGCAACGGUAUUGGCCUCGGGCUUAAUGGCAGUGCCCUCGGAUUGGGUAACCUUAACCUCACCCUCCCUAUCCCCCUUCGAACUUGA